AUGGAAGGCACGAAGAAGAGCAAGAGGGUGGUUAUCGUUGGAGCUGGAGUGGGAGGCAUGGCAACAGCCGCCCGAUUAGCCAAGGCCGGAGUACAAGUCUCACUCUAUGAGAAAAAUGACUAUUAUGGCGGCAAAUGCAGCAAUAUUGUUCAUGAUGGUUAUCGUUUCGAUCGCGGCGCGUCAAUAAUGUUGAUGCCCGAAUUAUUUGAAGAAACAUUUCGGCACCUGGGAACCUCUAUGUCUUCAGAAGAUAUACAGCUUCUUAAAUGUGAGCCUAACUGCAAGGUCUGGUUCGAUGACGGAGAGUGCUUCACGACCUCCACCAAUGUUGCGCACAUGAAACGCGAAAUCGUGAAAAUCGAAGGACCGGCGGGUUUUCAGCGUUAUCUUGAUUUUUUGAAAGAGUGUCAGCAACAUUAUGAGCAGAGUGUGAUCCACGUGUUAAAAAAGGACUUCCCAAGCUUCUUCUCGCUUCUCAGGCCCGCAUUUCUGCCUUACUUGUUUCAGCUGCAUCCGUUUCAAACAGUUUGGCAAAGGGUUUCUAAUUUUUUCAGAUCACACAAGCUAUGUCGAGUCUUCAGCCUCGGAAGUAUGUACCUUGGAAUGUCGCCAUUUGAGGUCCCAGGUACUUAUACACUCCUGCAAUGCGCUGAGCUGAUUGACGGAGUGUGGUACCCUAUAGGAGGAUUUUAUCAAGUGGUUGAAGGGUUACUUCAGAUUGGCACAAGGCUUGGUGUCAAGUAUCAUCUUUCUCUCCCAGUCGAGAAAGUGAAUGUGUCUCUCGGAAAGACUGUGGGUGUUUCUUUGGAUUCCGGCACAUUCGUUGAAGCCGACGCCGUCAUCAUCAACGCCGAUUUAAUUUACGCAUUCAAAAAACUUCUCCCACCAGGCCCAUCAACCCCGAAUGUAUUAAGUCGCCACAAGAAUAUAUCCUGCAGCAGUAUAUCUUUUUACUGGUCGCUUUUUAAGACCUUUCCCCAAUUGGAGACGCACAAUAUGUUCGUCGAAAGUUCAUUUGGACAUCGAUCUACACAUAUCUAUAUGGAACGUGAAUCGACGACAAAGUCUUCCUUUUACGUCCAUGUCCCAUCCAGGAUAGACCCAACAGCUGCACCGCCAGGGAAGGACGCCGUCAUUGUCCUCGUACUUGUCGAAAACCUUGGAGAUAUAAAUUCGCGCCGCAAAGGUUUCGACGAUUCAAAUUUGGUAUCCUACGUACGCGAAAACGUGAUUUCUGCUAUCGAAGAGCGAACAGGAACCACCGGGUUCGGCAAGUUAAUCGACCAUGAGAGUGUAAACACACCAUCGACAUGGCAAGAAUCGUUCAACUCCGAGAAAGGCGGAUUAUUUGGCCUUGACCACAAUUUAUUCAACAUCCUGUCUUUCCGACCGAAGAUAAAACAUGAUAGCGUUGCAGGCGUAUACUUCGUCGGCGCCAGCACACACCCUGGGGCUGGAGUUCCGACCUGUCUGGCGGGCGCAAGGCUCACUGCUGAACGAGUCUUGGAAGAUCUCGAAGUUUCUAUUCCCUGGCAGACUUCCAAUACCCAGACUAGGCAUAUUUGCUUACGAUCCUUGAAAUCGGCUAUGUUCGCCCCGUCGUUUUGGAAGUGGGUUCUAUUAUUUGUUUCGAUUUCUGUGCCAUUUAACCUGGACGCUCCCACCCGCGGCCCUGCUAACAGUAGCCUAUUGGCCGUUCUUUACACGAUUGGAUAUAGCCAGAAUAUCCACGCUGAUCAACAUCGCGGUCUUCUGCACCAUACCGUGGGACUCAUAUUUGAUUCGCAACCGUAUCUGGUCUUAUCCAGCCGAGGCGAUAGUGGGAUACACAUUAUUCGAAAUUCCAUUCGAGGAAAUAUUUUUUUUCAUAAUCCAGACAUAUCUCACCAGCUUGCUUUACAUUAUCUUGACCAAGCAUCUGGUGCUUUCGGCAUAUUUACUGCCGAAGAAUGA